CGUCACUUUCGAUAUCCUCCAGUAUCGUCUUCCAAUGCCCCGCCUUCAAACUCGUCAGCCAGCACGACAGAGGCCUCGAAGCAUUUACCACUGAUGCGCAUGUCGUCUUUCAAGAGCGAAUCCGGCAGUGUUAACAGCGACAAGGGUGGCAAUGGCGGUUUCAAGAACCAAACGCCCAAUGUCUUUAUCAACAUCGGAAGCCUGGUAUUUUUUCAGCACAGCCCUGUCGAUCUACAACAAAAACUUGAUGGGCAAGAACAACUGGAAUUUCAACUUGCCGCUCUUUGUGUCGUCGAUUCACGCGGGCCUGCAUUUUGUGAUCACAGCCUGUUUGAUGCACUUUUUCCCUGAUGAUUUCGAUGCAACACGGUCCGGUAGAGGAGGCAGGAUCACAAUGCACAGCUAUGUUACUCAAGUGGUACCCUGUGCAGUCGCAGCCGCGCUGGAAAUUUGCAUGGCAAAUGCUUCGUUGAUGUACAUUACUCUUUCGUUUUAUACCAUGAUCAAGUCAAGUACACCGAUCUGGGUGCUCAUAUUUGCAUUCUUUUUUCGACUCGAAAAGCCCCGUAUGAGCCUUAUCCUCAUCAUCGGAGUCAUUGUCAUCGGCGUCAUCCUCACAGUCGCAGGCGAGACCCAGUUCGACAUGACGGGCUUUAUUCUCGUUCUCUUUGCAGCGGUCAUGUCGGGACUUCGCUGGUCGCUCACACAAAUGUUGUUGCAGAAGGAUCAGCUUGGAAUGGACAACCCAGUGGCAACACUGUACUAUAUUAGCCCGAUCAUGUUUGCGAUUAUGUCGCUCUUGUCCCUGGUGAUCGAGGACCCUUUCGUUCAGUUUGCGUCGUCUGAGUUUUUUGAUGAUUUCCGGUCAGGCGUGUUCAUCAUGAUGAUGGUCGGUGGAGGUGGGUUCCUAGCGUUCGCUAUGACGGUUGCAGAGUUCAAGCUGAUCAAGAACACGGGGACGGUAACGCUCUCGGUCGCAGGCAUCAGCAAAGAGAUUGUGGUGAUCUCGCUAAGCAUGCUGAUCUUUGGCGACCGGUUGACAUUCGUGAAUCUUCUUGGGUUGCUGGUCUCGAUUGGGGGUAUUAUGGCCUAUAACUACGAAAAGGUCAAGAAGCUACAGCAAAACGCCCUUGGGUCCGGAGACUACGAGGCUCUUGGAACCAUGGGUCGACACCACAAGAGCGACAACACGGAUUAGAGAUUCAGGAGGCGCAUAAUAAUAAUAAUAAAAAAAGGUCGCGCUCAUAGAGACAGCAGCGUAUCGAUCAUGC